UCAUGUUUUUAAGUACGCUUAUACGCGUUUGUUACAUUCUCGUGUUGUUUUUCGAUAUAAAAUAAUAAAAAUGUCUCCAAAAACGGAAUCCGAUGAAUUAAAAAAGCGCGUUCUUGAUUUUUUGUGUGACGACAUCAAAAAAUUCUUCUUUAUCGACUGCUCAAGUUCCAAAUUAAGCAGGAAGGAAAUAUUUGGUGUUAUUCAAGGUCUCCAACAAGAUGAAAGUGCGGAUGACUCAGCCAAAACAUUGAGAAACUACCAGGGAUCAAAAAAUCAAGCAUAUUACACAUGGAAUCGUGAAGAUUUAGAAGAUAUAAUAUCGAAUUCUCCUAAUUUGGUCGUGUUGGAGUUACCAGAAGAAGAAAAUAUUGAUAAAGAUCAAGUAAAGAAGAUUUUAGAUCUCGUAGAGAGACGUUUGUGGAAAAAAGUGGUGCUGAUUUCCAAGAAAAAAGAUAUUUUUGAUGAUUUAGUUUAUUGGUAUCAUAAAGCAGGUGUGCUGAAACUUAAUAAAGAAUCUGUUCUUCAAGACCUUUUUCCUAUUCAUAACAUAGUUGUUAAAGAUUCCUCGGCAGAUACUAUAACAGAUUUGGUUCAUAAAGGUGCAGAUAUUAAUGUACAAGAUGAAAAUAAAGACACACCUUUACAUCUGGCAGUUGAAAAUGGAGCUACACACUUAGUGCAUCUUUUGUUAAGUCUUGGAGCAGAUGUUAACAUCGGAAACAUCCAAAAUCGAACUGUUUUGCAAGUGGCUUUGGAAAAAAGCUUUAUUGACAUAGCUAAUAUUCUUUUAACCGAGAAUAUAGACGUACAUUUAAAAGAUGAUAAUGAUGUACUGCUUUACAUUUGGCAGCGAGGCUUGGAGAUGUUGACAUUAUGAAAAAAUUGUUGAAAAAGGAGCUGAAGUGAAUAUCGAGGAUGAUUUUGAU